AUAUCAAUACGAAUCAAAAGCCGCUGUGGCUUUCCAAAACAUUUCCAGAGAAAAUUGAUAACAAAUCGAAAAUGGCGUCUGGUGCUACAUCGUCCCAGCCCGGAAAAAGUAGCGAAAAUGCCUUUCAACCGCAGAAAGAAGAGCUAUUUAACCAUUUUUACACUGAAGUGAAAGAAAUUGAGAAGAGGGAUUCAGUUUUGACCCCUAAACAACAAAUAGAACGCCUGCUUCGCCCAGGAUCCACAUAUUUCAACCUAAAUCCUUUUGAAGUUCUACAAGUUGAACCAGAUACAUCCCUAGAUGAUAUUAAGAAGAAGUAUCGAAGAAUGUCUAUAUUAGUCCAUCCUGAUAAAAAUCAGGAUGACAUUGAACGUGCUCAGCAGGCUUUUGAGAUUAUUAAUUCUGCUUGGAAAAUAUUAGAGAAUGAAGAUACGAGAGCUAAAUGUCUAGAUGUUAUAGAGGAGGCUCGCGUUAGGACUGAUCAAAUGCUUGCAGAGAAACGGAAGAAAUUUAAAAAGGAGGGAAAGGAUGGAAGGAUUGAAGAGGAUGAUCCUGAUAAGUACAAACAUGCUGUUUAUGUCAGAACAAUGAAACUCUUUGCAGACAUGGAAAGGAAACGUAGGGAACUGGCUAAUAGAGAUAUGGAGGAACGCAAAAGAAAACGAGAGAAUGAAAUAGAGGAAGAAGAAAAGGCAAACACAGAAAAAGAAUGGCAGAAAAACUUUGAGGAAUCUCGUCAAAACAGAGUGGAGAGCUGGCAGGCCUUUCAAACAGGGAAGAAAAAGGCAAAGAAAGCUAAAGGCAUGGGAUUCAAACCCCCUAAACACAAGGCUGAAUCCCGCUGAACUAUUGUAUUGUAUCUAUGUUGUGUAAGUAAUCGAGUCAAAAUUGCCUGUUGAAAUAUCCCUUUCUACUUGGCCUGUGUCAAUAUGAGUCAAAACUCAACAAAUCAGUGAACCCAGGAGAACAUGAAAUUUCACCCAGUCUGAACAUGUGAGAUUUCUUUUUGACAAACCAAACUACUUAAAUCUUUGGAGCAAUCUCUUAUUAUCAGUAGUAUGCACCUAGUAUGUACCUGUGUCAUUUUUCUUCGUGUGCAUGGUUUCACCUUUUCAUGAGAUAUGUAUGAUGAUCAACCCAGCCCCAAUACGACUGUAUCUUUAUAUUAUGUACUUGGGAAGUCAUUUCCCUUUCAAAAUCCUUCUUUCUGUAAAUAUAAAUCAACUUCUCUUUUCUCUUCCUCUCAC